AUGGAGAUGAAAUGCGGACGCGCCGCCGCCAUCACGGUGCCGUUUGUCGCCUUCGUCUUCGUCGCCGCAGUUGUCUCCGGCGGAGGUGGAAGAACCGGGAGCCAUAGCCACCGUGAGCACUUCCUGCGGCACGUUCCGGGCGAGCCCCAGAAAGCGGCGCUGCUGCCGGCGAGUACUCAGGCCAUCAGCAAGAAGGUGGUCGGAGGCGUGAUAGAGGAAGGCCUGGCUCGGUCACGGGCGGCCAUUCGCCUGGCAGCGCGCGCGGCGCCGACGGACGAGAGCGUCCGCCGGAUCCGGAGCUUCAGGAACGUCGGCGACGCCUUUGUGCCGCGGGGCGCCAUCUACCGGAACGCGCGGGCCUUCCACAGGAGCUAUGUGGAGAUGGAGAGGAGGCUGAAGAUAUGGACGUACUCGGAGGGGGAGCCGCCGCUGGCGCACCUCGCCCCGGGCACGGACAUCUACUCCAUCGAGGGCCAGUUCAUGUACGAGAUGGACGACCCGCGGAACCCCUUCGCGGCGCGCCGCCCCGACGAGGCCAACGUCUUCCUCCUCCCCAUCAGCGUCUGCAACCUCGUCCACUACGUCUACCGCCUCAACACCACCGCCUACCUCGCGCCGCUGCGCCGCCUGGUCGCCGACUACGUCCGCGUCGUCGCCGAGAGGCACCCGUACUGGAACCGGUCCCGCGGCGCCGACCACGUCCUCCUGUCGUGCCACGACUGGGCGCCGCUCGUCUCCGAGGGCAACGCGCAGCUCUACGGCAACGCGAUCCGGGUGCUAUGCAACGCCAACAUUUCGGAAGGGUUCCGGCCACGGAAGGACGCGACGCUGCCGGAGGUGAACCUCGCCGACGGCGUCCUCCGCCGGCCCACGUUCGGCCUGCCGCCCGAGAACAGGACCACGCUCGCCUUCUUCGCCGGCGGCAUGCACGGCCACAUACGCAGGGCGCUCCUGGAGCACUGGGUCGGCAGGGACCCGGACGUGCGCGUCCACGAGUACCUCCCCGCAGGGCAGAACUACCACGCGCUCAUGGCCACGGCACGGUUCUGCCUCUGCCCCAGCGGCUUCGAGGUGGCCAGCCCGAGGGUGGUCGAGUCCAUCUUCGCCGGCUGCGUGCCGGUGAUCAUCUCGGAGGGGUACCCGCUGCCGUUCAGCGACGUUCUGGACUGGGGCAAGAUGUCGGUGGCCGUGCCGGCGGCGAGGAUACCGGAGCUGAAGACCAUCCUGCGGGGGGUGUCGGAGCGGAGGUACCGUGUGCUGCGAGCCAGGGUGCUGCAGGCGCAGCGCCACUUCGUGCUCCACCGGCCGGCGAGGCGCUUCGACAUGAUCCACAUGGUGCUGCACUCCAUCUGGCUCAGGAGGCUCAACGUCAGGCUCCCGUACUGA